GCUAUAAUUGCUCCUCUCCAUCCUGCUGCUGCCACUCUCUGGACAUCGGCAUCCGGGGUUCGCAGCGUCUGCGGCAGCUGCGGGCCUGGCGCCCGGCUUGGGGAUGGACUGGCCGCACAGCCUGGUGUUCCUCCUUGCCAUCUCCAUCUUCCUGGGGCUGGGUCAGCCCAGGAACUCCAAAGGCAAGAGGAGGGGGCAGGGGCGUCUUGGGCCCCUGGCCCCUGGGUCUCAGCAGGUGCCACAGGACCUGGUGUCAAGAGUGAAGCCGUAUGCACGGAUGGAGGAGUACGAGAGGAACCUUGGGGAAAUGGUGGCCCAGCUGCGAAACAGCUCUGAGCCUGCCAAGAGAAAAUGUGAGGUCAACCUGCAGCUGUGGUUGUCCAACAAGAGAAGUCUCUCUCCUUGGGGCUACAGCAUCAACCACGACCCCAGCCGCAUUCCUGCGGACCUACCGGAGGCACAGUGCCUGUGUCUGGGCUGUGUGAACCCCUUCACCAUGCAGGAGGACCGCAGCAUGGUGAGCGUGCCUGUGUUCAGCCAGGUGCCUGUGCGCCGCCGCCUCUGCCCACCGCCACCACGCACCGGGCCUUGCCGCCAGCGCGCCGUCAUGGAAACCAUCGCUGUGGGCUGCACCUGCAUUUUCUGAACCACCUGAGUCCUGAUGCCAGGGCCUGCAGCCCUGCAACACCCCCCUUCCCGCCCCACCAUGCCGUGCAAGGCUGGUGAAAAGUAAACGCCAUCUUUUAUAAAGCAA